AUGGCCUACUCCGCCGAACUUCGCCUCGCCUUGCGCGCCGUACACCGGGCGUCUCUGCUCACCAAAUCCGUUCUCCGCAGUCUCUCCAACAACGUGUCUGCGGAGACCAAAGCAGACGACAGUCCCGUUACAAUCGCGGAUUUCGCCGCUCAAGCUCUCCUAAUCUCCGCUUUGCAUGCUGCCUACCCUACAGAUGCGUUUUUGGGCGAGGAGAGCGCUGAUGCAUUGCGUCAGAACGAGGCACUGGCUGACCGCGUUUGGCAGCUUGUGCAACAGGCGAGGAGCGAGUUUCAUGUAGGCGGCACCGAGAGUGGUAAAGGAGACGGAAACUCGGUACAGGUUGAGGAGCUGGCUUCUCCGAAGAGUAAAGAAGAGAUGUUUGAGCUUAUUGAUCGGGGAGGUAAAGGAGAAAUCACCAGAAGAGGCCGAGUAUGGGUCAUGGAUCCCGUGGAUGGCACAGCGACGUUCAUGCAAGGCCAACAGUACGCCGUUUGCCUUUGCCUGCUCGUUGAUGGCGUGCAACAAGUUGGAGUGAUUGCUUGCCCCAACCUCGCAUUUCCUAUUCAAGAAACUCUCGGCCAAACUUCAAUCCACGAAGAUCGUGUCGACACGGAUGGCUUUGGCGUAGUACUAUCUGCCGUCAAAGGACAAGGCACCUUUAUCCGCUCUAUGAACGCUUCUGCUUCUGCGGGACUAGGAGAACCCCGGCACGUAGAUUUGACCACUCUACCUCAAAAGAAGCCUUCCGAGCUAAAUUUUGUCGAAGCAACACUAGGCAAAACAUCGCUGUCGCAACCUGAGCACAACGCUGUUGCUACGUCACUUGGUGCCCAAUGGCCAGGCACGAUUCUUUGGUCUCAGCAAAUGAAAUACGUGGCUCUUACCCUUGGUGCUACAGAUGUCAUGGUGCGCAUCCCUAAGACCCUGGACCGCUUUACUUAUGUUUGGGAUCACGCUGGUGGCCAUCUCCUUUUCCAAGAAGCAGGCGGAGUUAUUAGCGACUUCAAGGGUGAACAAAUUGACUUUGCAAACGGACGGAAGAUCAAGGGAGAGCGGAACUGGGGUAUGAUUGCCUGUAUGCCUGGAUUGUUUGAAGAGGUUGGAAAGGCGGUAAUGGAGGUACUGAAAAAGAGAGAUAGCUAA